AUGCACUACGUCUUUCUAAAGUCCAGUUCAGAUUCAUCUCAGUCCAGUUCAGAUUCAUCUCAGUCCAGUUCAGAUUCAUCUCAGUUCAGUUCAGAUUCAUCUCAGUUCAGUUCAGAUUCAUCUCAGUUCAGUUCAGAUUCAUCUCAGUUCAGUUCAGAUUCAUCUCAGUUCAGUUCAGAUUCAUCUCAGUUCAGUUCAGAUUCAUCUCAGUUCAGUUCAGAUUCAUCUCAGUUCAGAUUGAUCUCAGUUCAGAUUCAUCUAAGUUCAGAUUCAUCUCAGUUCAGAUUCAUCUCAGUUCAGAAUCAUCUCAGUUCAGAUUCAUCUCAGUUCAGAUUCAUCUCAGUUCAGAUUCAUCUCAUCUCCGUUCAGAUUUAUCUCAUCUCAGUUCAGAUUCAUCUCAUCUCAGUUCAGAUUCAUCUCAUUUCAGAUUCAUCUCAGUUCAGAUUCAUCAGAUUCAUCAGUUCAGAUUCAUCACAUUCAUCUCAGUUCAGUUCAGAUUCAUCUCAGUCCAGUUCAGAUUCAUCUCAGUUCAGUUCAGAUUCAUCUCAGUUCAGUUCAGAUUCAUCUCAGUUCAGUACAGAGUCAUCUCAGUUCAGUUCAGAUUCAUCUCAGUUCAGUUCAGAUUCAUCUCUGUCCAGUUCAGAUUCAUCUCAGUUCAGUUCAGAUUCAUCUCAGUUCAGAUUCAUCUCAGUUCAGAUUCAUCUCAGUUCAGAUUCAUCUCAGUUCAGAUUCAUCUCAGUUCAGAUUCAUCUCAGUUCAGAUUCAUCUCAGUUCAGAUUCAUCUCAGUUCAGAUUCAUCUCAGUUCAGAUUCAUCUCAUUCAGAUUCAUCUCCAUUCAGUUCAGAUUCAUCUCAGUCCAGUUCAGAUUCAUCUCAGUCCAGUUCACAUUCAUCUUGGUCCAGUUCAGAUUCACCUCAGUUCAGAUCAGAUUCAUCUCAGUUCAGUUCAGAUUCAUCUCAGUUCAGUUCAGAUUCAUCUCAAUUCAGUUCAGAUUCAUCUCAGUUCAGUUCAGAUUCAUCUCAGUUCAGUUCAGAUUCAUCUCAGUUCAGAUCAGAUUCAUCUCAGUUCAGAUCAGAUUCAUCUCAGUUCAGAUCAGAUUCAUCUCAGUUCAGUUCAGAUUCAUCUCAGUUCAGUUCAGAUUCAUCUUAG